ACUUAACUCGUAUUCACUGAGUCGAAUUUCCUGGUCGGUUGAUGGAAGGUAACGCUAUGUCGUGUCACAUUAAUUUUAAGGUUGUUUGAAAAAUUUGCCCUAAUGGAUUUCAUAACUUCAAGAAAAGGAAGUGACAUGAUAUGUCAUGAAGGCUUUUUGUAUAGAAAUGACAAAACAAAGUUAAAUACAAUCAAUUGGAGGUGUGCCAAAACAGGUUGUAAAGGUCGCCUAACGACAAGCCUUCGGUAUCGUGAGCAACAACAACCCCCAGUGAGCAGUGGCGUCCACACGCAUCCACCAAACCCUGCGGAAGUGGCAGCCAGGAGAGUUGAAAACAUUGUGAAAACAGCUGCAGUAAGAACACGGGAUCCACCACGAAGAAUCGUGCAGGAUGCAAUGACCGAAGUUAAUGAAGAAGUCGCAGCAGCUGUUGGCUCUUCUACAAAUCUGCGUCAAACCAUCAGGCGGAAAAGGAAAGCAAUUGAUCAGCUGAUUAUACGACCACGCUUAUACUUUGGCAUAAAAAAGCGCAUGUACCAUGAAAAGUUCAGACGGGAAAGGAAAGUAACGGAUGGAAGGUUGUAUACCUCAGAGACAGAAUUAGAUCGAUUGAUAAUGGCAACUUUGGAAGAAGUCUACGCUAAAGUGAAAAGCCGUGACCCAAAUCAAACAGAGUUUUUACAGGCGGUAGAUGAAGUUGUCCAAUCAUUGCGACCUCUUUUUGAGAGAUACCCAAAAUAUUUACAAGUACUUGCAACAGCAUGUGAACCAGAGAGAGCGAUUCAAUUCAGAGUUCCAUGGCAAGAUGACAAGGGUGUAAUGCAAGUUAACAGAGGUUUUCGAGUGCAAUUCAACCAGGCAAUUGGGCCAUACAAAGGGGGUUUACGUUUCCACCCUUCUGUCAACCUGUCAAUCAUCAAGUUUCUUGGCUUCGAACAAAUUUUUAAGAAUGCUCUGACGACUCUCCCUAUGGGAGGUGGAAAGGGAGGUUCAGAUUUCGAUCCUAAAGGCAAAUCUGAUGCUGAGGUUUUACGUUUCUGUCAGAGUUUCAUGACUGAAUUGUACAGACACAUUGGACCAGACUGUGAUGUACCAGCUGGUGACAUUGGAGUUGGUGGACGAGAGAUCGGAUUUUUGUUUGGUCAAUAUAAAAGAAUUACACAUGAUCAUGUUGGUGUUUUAACAGGAAAAGGUUGGGGAUGGGGUGGAUCACUCAUCAGACCUGAAGCCACAGGUUAUGGUUGUGUCUAUGCUUUGAACUUUGCUGCUAUUGAACAUGGUGACACACUUGAAGGCAAGAAAGUUACAAUCUCUGGAUCUGGUAAUGUUGCUCAAUUUGCUGCUGAGAAAUGUUUGCAUUUUGGAGCAACUGUGCUUACUUUCAGUGACUCAUCAGGAACCAUUUAUGAGCCUAAUGGUUUUGAUAAAGCUAAAUGUGAUAAACUUGUCGCUAUCAAAGAGAGACGAGGCAGAUGUAAAGAGUAUUUACACGAGUCUAGUACUGCUCAGUAUUUUGAUGGCAAACGGCCAUGGCAUAUUGCUUGUGAUGUUGCUUUGCCAAGCGCAACACAAAAUGAAGUUGAGAAAGCUGAUGCUGAUGCUCUUGUGAAGAAUGGAUGCAAAUAUGUGUUUGAAGGUGCUAACAUGCCGUCGACAAACGAUGCUAUUGAAAUUUUCAAAGCAAAUAAAGUUGUCUAUUUCCCAGCGAAGGCUGCCAAUGCGGGAGGUGUAGCUGUUUCUGGUUUGGAAAUGGCACAAAAUUCUGGGAGAGUACAUUGGACAAGACAAGAAGUUGAUGAUAAAUUACAAGGAAUCAUGAAAAACAUUUUUGAAACCUGCCGAGACACUGCCAAGGAUUUGGGAAAACCAGGUGAUUAUCAACUUGGAGCAAAUGCUGCUGGGUUCAAGAAGGUUGCUGAUGCCAUGAUAGCACAAGGUCAAGUUUUCCAACCAAAUCUAUAAACUUGAUGCCGCUCCCCACUCGUUUAUACUGGCAGACUGAUUCCUACACAUCCAAUACAUUUUUUCUUAAUCACUAAUGAACUAACCAUUAUUCCCUAUCAUCCAUGGAUCGUUGAUAAAUUUCCUUGGAAAAACAUGAUUAUCAAUGAACCAGGGUUAAUCGAGGGUGAAUUAUUAUUUUUUAUUGUUUCCUGUUAAAUCUGGAAUGACUUCAAUUUUCAAUAUUGAAGUAUUUGUAAGAUACUACUGUAUCAUUUGGUCUUAUUAAUAUGGCCGAAUGCAACAGCCACUUAAUAGGGAUAUUAUACUCAAUGAAAUUGUUUGUUUUUUGCAUUAUUAGCUUCUAUUUUUAAUUCUAUUCACUCUAUUAUUGGUGAUUUUAUGAAAUUUUAGCAAUCUCUUUAAAAUAAUUUUUCCAUGAUUUUCCUGCAAGUUUCUAGUGAGGCGGAUUAGGAGAAAAAUGUUAAAAUUAUACAGUGCUUGAUUUUUUUUAGCUCUGGAUUGUCAUUUUUAAAAUAAGUUGAAUUUUUAAUAAUUAUAAAAUACAUAAAAGUUUUAAUGAGUGACUUCAUACUUAAUUAGUAUUCUCAAUAUAUUAAUGCUGUUUGGGUGUCUUGAAUUCAUGCUUUCCAAAUUUGGAAUUGCAUGUCAUAUUAUCAUUUAGAAUAGAGAAAUGUGCACUGCU